AGCCUGUAGAUUCUUUCAUUCGCCAAAAGGUAAUAAUUAGAAAUCAACCAGUGAUCUUUCUGGGACACCAGCCUUGAAUUAGUGAAAAUGCACUCACAAAGGAGUCACCGGCUUAAGGCACCUCUGAGGACGAGAUUCAAACCCAGACCACCAUGCUUCAAAAACAUGAUUUUACUUUUUGCAGUUUUAUCAUCUUUACCUAUGGACUGGCAACCAAAAACUCCUGCGAGACCUCUGGCCAGCGGCCCGCAAAGCAUUGAUUUGGCUGAUGCAUAUCAGUACAGAAGGCUCGGGUCUUCCGUUACAUCAAACCUGCACCUAUGACAUCAUUUACCUCGAGGGUUACGACCACACCACCUAUAACAGUGUGAUGUAUCUUCUGGGUUUGCGAGCUGGACAAGUUCUUGCUGAGGCGCUAGGAGAAACAGAAUUAGUUCAGACGGUUCGCCAAGCGUUCAAGUACGGAAAGGCUAAAAUGGACAAAACUUUAUGGAAUGAGAAUGACGGAUUUUAUCACUCUUGGUGGGAUCACGAGAAAGGCUCACCUAAUUGGCUAAUGACGGACUCCUUGUAUGGACAAGUUUGGGCCUAUGCUUUGGGUCUUGGAAGUCUCCUUGAUCCUGAUAAGAUGAAAAGACAUCUGCAAAAGGAACGAGAAUUGAAUGACACGCCUUAUGGAUUGCGCGUGCUCACUCAGGGUAUUCCUGCAAACAAACUGAGAAAGAAAACAAACACAACUAGCAAGAACAAAAUAACAAGACAGAAAAGAAAAAUACCCAGAGAAGAGGCUGUAGCGCAUCUGGACAGCUUCUUUAGCGAAGUUUCCGGACUACAAAAGAAGUCCCAUGUUAACAAGAAUAAAGACUCUCCAAAGUUAGCUGUGAAGAAAAAUCCAAAAACCAACACUGAAACAAGUAACAAAGUUCCACGUCAAGUAUCUUCAGAUAAACAUCUGGUGAAGAAAGUGGAAAUGAAAAUAAAGAUCAGAAAAGACAAUACUACGGCAAAAAAGGGUAAUGCACUUGGAAAAUCGAAGCAACCAAACAAAAUAACUUCAAUGCGACCUGUAACUCAAGAAACUCUUAAUCACAAAAAUUGUUUUUCUCUCGAAGAAGAGAGCAAGUUCAACUCGAUUUGGAUGGGAAGCGAUGCAGAUUGGACAACUAUGAACAUUCAUUUGGGAAUGAAUCCUGCAAAAGCACUCAAACAAGCUGAGAAAGCCUUAGAACAUUACAGAACAAAACUAAACGACUUCUGGAAUAUUCACGGUUUGACCGCUGGCCAAGGUUAUGGCGUGGACGGUCAGCCCUGGUGCACGUCGCAUUACAGUUUCCACAUGGUUCUGUGGCAUAUACCGCUGGCUCUCUCUGGUCAGCUGUAUAGCGCGGUCGAACAGAAAUUGACGUUUGAGCCGAAAUUAAAAGUCCCAUAUGCUCUUCCGUUUUUCACUCCUUUUGGAAGCGGAACAGUUCAAGCGAGGAAUCUCAAUGAGCGCGUUAAAUACAUGGUGACUGUGACAUCCGGGAAACUCAAACUUAAGUUAUUGGCCGUCUCGAAGAGCAUGUAUCCAAAGAACAGAAUUAGCUUGAGGCAGGGCGAGUAUGUUACUUGGGAAAAGAAAUGAUUUCGCCCUCGUGUUGUCGAGUUCUCUGAAAAUCAACUGACAAGAAUAGACAUGACGGCGUGAUCCUUCCAGAAAUUUCCCUUGAUCUUUCCCUCCCUCCUCCCCCAUACUUUUCCACCUCUUCCCUCGCCCUCCAUACGUCACGUGGCUAUGACGCGUUCAGCAUAACUUCAUUCUCCUUGCCUGUUUUUGUUUUUGCUAUGGUUUGUCUGUUUUUUGUUUUGUUUUUGUUUUUUUUACUAUAAAUCCCCUGAGACCCCCAUGACCUAAUUCGUUAAGUAUGAAAAAAGAGAACUUGGGUUUUAAUCUCUCAACUAGUCAUCACCGUUCACCAUGUUGUAUGUGUGAAUGGUUUAAUCAAAAUGACGUCUGGUGUAAAAUUACUUCAACUUGGAAUGAUUUUGCUUAUGUUGAACUUGAAAGUGAAUUUGUGAGCAAAACUCACCUUUUACACCAGGCCUCAGUUUGUAACAGACACAGUACACUGUUGAAAGGGACGUCAAACGAAUCGUUCGUUGCAGCAGUUUUUUUUUUUAUUUAGUUUACAGAAAUAGAGUUACUCAAACAAGUCUAUGGCUUGGUUUUAUUGUUUGUGUUCUUUUAUUAAUUUUGUGGACUGAAACUGAAAAUUGCACUUUGAGUGUGGACUGAAUAAACUAAAAGUAAAAACUGAGACAUUCAAAACUCUCUUCUUCAAGAUGCUAUUACAAACAGCAUCAGAGUACGUAAUUCAUAUUUACAUUCGCAAAAAUAGUCAUUUCUUUGUCUUACAACCUUUUCAAAAAUAUAAAAUAUGUGAUAUCUAACAGUUCCACAGGAUGAACUAAUAAAAUUGUUCGAAAAGAGUAAACUCUUUCUUUAGGGGGCACCCUAAUCUCAGUCUUCGAGAACCGUGAAUUUGAAUUAAUAGACAAACUUAACUUUGACACUGUCGACGUCUGAGCAGAACAAAAAAA